AUGUCUCAAAAUAACUCUCAUGUUACUAUGUUUGACCGUCUUCAAAAAUCCAUUUAUAAUUCUCAAUCUUACCAAAGGCUUAAAAAUAAAAAGUUUAAAGAUGCUAUUGCUUUCCUUUCAAAUAGAAUCUCAUCUACUGAAUCUGAAAACAAUUCUCUAAAUGCUAGAAUAAAUUCUCUUGAAUAUGAAACCAACUUUCUCAAUGCCAGAAUAAACUCUCUUGAGGAGAAAUUAAACCAGAUAUCUGGUCCUUUUUUCAAUAUUUCUCUAGAAACACCGCAAUUUCCUCCUUCCGUGGACUUAUUGUCAAAUCAUUACGAGCCUAAUAAUCCUGAACUUGCUCUCUCAAAUUUUGAUUACAAUACUCCAAGUGGUGGCACUUAUUCUUCCGAUAAUCAUUUCUCCGCUAAUUAA